GCUCCCCUCCGCGCCCGGCUGUGCGGAGCGGUGCCCGGGGCGGCGGCGGGCGCAUGGCGCUCUGCGCGCUGCCGCUGGUGUCCGGGCAGCCUGGCGGCCCUGCCGAGUGACUGCUCGGAGCCGCCGCGGGUCAGCGCGGCGCGGGGCGCGGCCCGCCCCAGGAGAGCGAGAUGAUUGAAACGCUCGCGGCUGCGGAGGCUCGGGAGCUGCUGUACCAGCUGCCAGCCCUGCUGGAGCAGGAGUCGAGGUGCCAGCCGAAGGCCUCGGGCCUGAGGCUGAUCGAAGCUGCCCAUGACAACGGCCUCCGAAUGACGGCAAGGCUGAGGGACUUCGAAGUGAAGGAUCUCCUCAGCUUGACUCAGUUCUUCGGCUUCCACACGGAGACGUUUUCCCUAGCUGUGAAUUUCUUAGACAGGUUUUUGUCAAAAAUGAAGGUACAACCUAAACACUUGGGCUGUGUUGGACUCAGCUGUUUCUACUUGGCAGUGAAGGCAACAGAAGAAGAGAGAAAUAUUCCCUUAGCCACUGACUUAAUUCGAAUAAGCCAGUACAGAUUCACUGUUUCUGAUAUGAUGAGAAUGGAGAAGAUCAUAUUAGAGAAGCUGUCCUGGAAAGUCAAAGCUACAACAGCCUUCCAGUUUCUGCAACUCUACCAUUCACUCAUUCAUGAGAAUUUAAGCUGUGAAAGGAGAAAGUAUCUUAAUUUUGAGAGACUUGAGACCCAGCUUAAGGCGUGUCACUGCAGGAUCAUGUUUUCUAAAGCCAAGCCUUCUGUCUUGGCGCUGUCUAUUAUGGCACUAGAGAUAGAAGAACAAAAACUACUGGAGUUGACAGAGGCACUGGAAUUUCUGCAGAUGCAUUCCAAGAUAAACAGCAGAGAUCUGACCUUCUGGAAGGAGCUGGUAUUGAAGUGCCUUACAGAAUAUUCCUCGAGCAAGUGUUCCAAACCGAACGUCCAGAAAUUAAAAUGGAUCGUCUCUGGACGUACAGCGCGGCAGCUUAAACAUAGUUAUUACAGGAUAACACACCUUCCUACAAUUCCAGAGACUGGCUCAUAAUAGGAGUACGGUAAAAUGAAGAAAUGCCUCUCCUGUGGCCUAGUUUACAAACUGCUGAAGAUGUGAGAAAUAGUCUGAAACAUGAUCUAAAUGAAGAACUCAUGAAAAGAGUAUGUAAUACUUAAGACAAACGAUCCUUAUGGCAAAUAAGUUCUUUCUGUGAUGAUUACAACAGUGAAUACUCAGUGUCAGUUUUUAGAAUUGUUAGAAUGUUUACUAUUUUUGAAUAGUAAGCAGUGAAGCCCCACAAUUGAUACGCAGAAUUCUAACACCAUGUGAGCUGUAGAGCAGCUUUUGUAGUCUAACCUUGGUUUACUGUAACUGCAGGUGCUGAAUUAAGUAUUUAAUUUCAAAAUUUUGAUUCAGUUUUGUAAGAUUAUAUGACAUUAGGAAAACAUCACAGUAGAUGCCACCACACAGCCUUGUUAGUGUGUGUUACCUAAUUUGAGUAGGAGAAAAGGGAUGAACCUUACUUCAUUGCCUUGUAAGAGCAAGUAGCUGAUACUGCAUUAGUAACUUCAGUAUUCUGGAAGAAGUGUAGCUUACUGAGAUUGUGAACAAUAAGAGUUUAGAAAUUUCAUGAUACAUUAAAAAGGCUGAGGAGAAAGCACUGAGUCACCUGCAUCAAAUCUGAAACCAGUUUUCCAAGGUUCAACUAAACAAGAAGAGGUAAGUGCUGAUGCUGAACAGGUGCAAUUUUAUAUGCUCAGUAGGAGUGGGGCCAUCUUCCCCAUACUGGCCCAUGAGUAGGAGUGAUUUUAUUGAGACACACUUGAGUUCACUUUGAUACAGUUGAAUUUGAUGAAGCUUACCAUUAAAGAGAACAGUUUUCUGAAGACUAGGUCAGUACUUGGAAGAGGAGUAUGAUGCUUCUGGUGCUAACACGAAGGGGUUGAGAAUGUGUUAUAGUAUGUGAGACGGAUAGUUGUGGGAAUGUUGCUAAUGACCUCUUGAAUUCUAUGUCACUAUGAAACUGUGGCUAUUAGUUGUAGCCUGUUAAUAACCAAUGGCCACAUGAACUGACUUAGCGGAGAAUGAGAGAUCCAAAUAUUUUGAAUACGGUGUGGGCCUAGAUGUUAGCCUACAAAACCUAUCUUAUCUUAUGAUAAUAGCUGAUGGAGAAAUAAAGUUCCUUGCCUAUCUCAAACAGAAACUGUAGUUCAACACUUCACAAAAGAUUUCAUACCAAAGCUCUGUACUGAACAAAUGAAAGUUUCUGUUGAAGUCAUGGGAAUGAAUGCACUGCAUGGUACCUGAUCAUGCCUCUUGCCAUCUGCAAGGUAUCUGCACAUUGUGCUGACCUAUUAAAAACAUACAAGCAAUUGAGACAAAGAGGCGGUCAGCUUACUGGAAGAAAUGGAUAAAGAUGCAAUGUGCAGUUUAAUGGUGGUGUUAUGCUGCAAUAUUGAGAGAUGUACCUUUCAAUAAAACACAUUGAAAUGUG